UCUCGUGAAAACAUUGUUAUAAAAUCCAGUAUAAGUGAAUUUGCUGAAGAAUCUAUAUUAUGUCUUUCAAACUACAUGUAUUCGCCGCCGAAGCAUUAUAGUAUAACAAACUUUGUCAGUAAGUUUAACAUAAGACUUGUCGAACCUUCUUCAAUGAAAGAUGUUGUGCUACCAAAAGACGGAAAGGAUGGACUCAUUAUUGAGAUGAUUUUAAUAGCAUAUUAA